CCUCCGUCCCGCUCAGCCUUCCCGCCCCCUCCCCUCCCGUCGUGGGCCGGCCCAGCGGGUGAGCCGGUUGGGGAAAAAGUUAUAGGAAAGUUGUCGGCUGCAGAAAAGAGAAAAAAAAAAAAAAAGUUUUCUAGAGGCGGGAGAGCCGCGGCCCCGGCUGCCCGGCCUCCCCGCCGGGCCCCGCAGAGCUGCGCUCCCGCCGGAGGGUCGAGGAUGGCCGGCGGGGAAGGAGCGGGCUCCGGCGUGGCGGAGUGCCGAGAGCAUCUCUUUAAGGUGCUGGUGAUCGGGGAGCUGGGAGUGGGUAAAACCAGUAUUAUCAAGAGGUACGUCCACCAGCUCUUUUCCCAGCACUACCGGGCCACCAUCGGGGUGGAUUUCGCGCUCAAAGUCAUCAACUGGGACAGCAAGACCCUGGUGCGGCUGCAGCUCUGGGAUAUAGCAGGCCAGGAGCGCUUUGGAAAUAUGACCAGAGUAUACUACAAAGAGGCAGUUGGUGCUUUUGUGGUCUUUGAUGUCACAAGAGGCUCCACUUUUGAGGCUGUUUCAAAAUGGAAGCAUGAUUUGGACAGUAAAGUACUACUUCCCAAUGGCAGCCCCAUCCCUGCUGUUCUUCUUGCAAACAAGUGUGACCAGAAGAAAGAUGGCAGCCAGAAUCCCUCUCAAAUGGACCAGUUCUGCAGAGAAGGUGGCUUUGUUGGAUGGUUUGAAACAUCUGCCAAGGACAACAUCAACAUAGAUGAAGCUGCUCGAUUCUUGGUGGAAAACAUCCUUGCCAACUACAAAACCUUUCCUAAUGAAGAGAAUGAUGUGGGGAAACCAAAACUGGACCUAGACCCAUUGAAAGCAGAGAGUAAAUCACAGUGCUGCUAAUGCUACCACUGUUCAGUAAAUGUGAUGGGAUGAGCAGCAAGACUGUUCCUUAAAUCAAACUGCUGCUAUGGUGCUGCAUUGUGACAAUCCGUAUGGGGUGUCUGGUAUUAUCUGAAUAGGUGAUUCUUGUGGGUGUUUACAUAUUCUUGUUUAGCAUGAAACUGAGUAUCUUGUGGGUUAUCCUUCCACUUGCUUGAGUGGCUGCAUCUAAGUCUGAUUAGUGUUGUCUUGAGAACAUAAGGUAGUGUUUACACUCCUAAAAAGGAACAAAGACAACAUUCAGUGUCUAGUUUGCUUCUAGGACAUAUGCUGCAUUCCAAAUAGGACUCACUCAUCAUGGUUUUAGCUGAACAGACACUUGCACCUUUAAAGUAAACUUUUCCUUUGUCACCAGUACUGUCCCACUUUAGCCUUCUCACCUACACACUUGUCCCUAUUUAUUAUCCCCCACCAUGAGGAUCUGUCUCAUUGCUAGUUCUCCUGGAUCGAGACAUCCCAGAAAUCUUGAAGGGGCCAAUGACAGAUGGAAGGUAUCUUUCUUAGUGUGCUCACUAGGACUGAAUGAAGUAGAUGGCUUUUACCACUGAGUAAGAACAAGAUGGGUAAAUGAUUGUACUUAACAGGGGAAAGGCAUGGUUAUAGAAAUACUAACAAAAAUGCAUCCCUAGCCAUUUAAGGCAGAAUAUUUUCAGCUAAUACUUUACAUAUGAAACACAUUAAUGAAUACAGUUGUACUGCUGGCACAUAGCUAUGGUAACCUCACCCAUAUGCACAUCCACAAAUAAACAUCCAGUAACUUUUUCAUGCACUAACACUGAAAACUUUACCAAGAGUUCAAAAAGUAAAUAUCUUACUGUCCUGUGAUAAUGAACUUCCUUCUUUUUCCUUCUGUCUUGAGAUGGUUGUGAAUACCAUGAGGAAGGAGAGAGGUCUUGAAGGAAAUAGCUUAACUGGUUCUUGCUAGCCUAUCAAAAAAACCCCAAAACCCAAGCUCUAGCUUUUUCAGUUUUAGAACAGUGCUGCACUCUUCUGACUUGGAACUGGUGAACUGGCUUACCAGUUUGUAACUCUAUAUACUGAGAUGCUUAUGUUUCCUUGUUAUACAUAUUUUUGGCAGCAAGUGAAGAUCAAAAGGAUUAGAGAGAUUUCACCAUUCUUGAGUAUGUUCUGGAACUCUGGGUCUGCUUGGCUGAAAGGCUUUGAAGCUCCUCUUUAUUUUAAGGGUUUCUUCUGUCCUGGUACCUCAUUGCUACUGACUUCAGAAGUCUUAUCUUGCUUGGUCUGAUGGUGCUGAUGUUUGCUUAAACAUCAGCAUGAAGUAUGUGCCAGAUUGGAUAUACUUUAAUCUGUAUUGAGAUUUCCUAGGCUGUCUUUUUUUCUAAAGAGUAACAUACUUUUUAAGAGACAAAUAAAUAUAUUUGGGCAUCUUAUGUAUGUUGUUGGUGUAUGCUUUUGAGAACAUGAAUCUUCACAUCAUGUCCCAGUCUAUACACAAAUGCUUUCAUUGACAUUUGAAAACAACUUUAUCUCCUAGUAGCUGCUAUGUUAAAGGCUUAUUUUAAAUUACUACAGUAAGGCUUAGCAUAAGCUAAAACUGGACUUAACUAGCUUAGGAUCAUAAGAUAAUUCAGAUGAAAGGGUUCUUAGGAAGUCUUCUAAGCCAACAUCCUUCUCCAAGUAAGGUCAUACUGGGGUGCUUAGGCUUUCGUGUGGUCUGGUCUUAAACCUUCAACAAUGGAGACUGUAUGGCCCUGGGAAAGUUGUUUCAAUGCCUGACUGUCCCCUGAGAGUUUAACUAGUCUGAACAUUUCUAAAUUCAACUUAUGUCUAUGGUCUCUUAUCCUCCUACCAUGCAACACUGUGUGAAGAAUGUGUCCAUUAGGCUUGUGCAGAUUUAUUGGACACUCAAAGCUUGAUUGCUACUUUAAAUUUUUUUGAAAGCCUAUAGCCCUUCAGAAAGGAAGUUGCACCCCAUCCAUGUUCCUUGCAUGCUGGCUUGUUUGAGUUGUUAACCUUUGUAGUUAACCUGGAACUACCAUAAUCUUCCUAUUCAGUCACUUGAACAACUCCAUUUAGACUGUUAACUCACUUUCAAUAAGCUGUUUAAUCUCCAGUGUACUGUCUUUUUCUAAACUUUAAUUAUAGCUGCACAAAUCCAGUAACUAGCCAGUGGAACACAUGCAUAGCCUCUUUAUUUCAUGCUUCUUGACUAGAUCAAAACAUGAUAAAUCUUGAUGACCAGUCAAACAAGAUGCAAUGUCAUGUUCACUUGGCUUCAACUGUAAGUUUACUGAGCCUAUGCAAUAUAACGUGAAGUUUGUCCCUAAUGGGCAAAAAAAAAAAAAAAAGGCCAAUUCUUGAGUCUGUCUAGUAUGGCAUAGAAGGUUGGUCCACAUUCAAAUGCUAGUUCCUUAAAUACCUACUUUACUGGGGAAACUGCCAGUGCAAGUGAAGUAGACUUUUUUUCCCCCCCCCCCCCCAAAACAGUGCUUGUGCUUUUUCUUGUUUUUAGUGUUCAGAUUCAACAGCAGAAUAAAAACCAAACUCUGAAGCUUUGGGACUCUACCUGAAUGCAUGAAUCUCAUCUGAGUCCUGCCAGUGACAAUGUAAUCCUAUGCAGAUUUGUUUCAAGAAUGUCUAAAUUGCUGUUUGAAGAGCUAUUGCUGCUAUGUUUAAGCACUUUCCUUGUUCUGUAUGUAGCUUGUGUUCUUCUAAAGCUCUACACAAAUGUAGAAUGGCCAUGACUCAAACUGUGGUGCAGUAUACUAGUUUUGGUACAGGUUGUCACUGACCGGAGAAGCUGAGGCAGGGUGAGGUUCAGGAAUUCUCAGCUACAAAAAUAAAAACCUAAGGGUUUCAAGUGACUGUGCAGAUUGUAUUUUUCCUAAGUCUAGUAUAAUAACCAAUUUGACUUCUAUCUGUAUGAUGGAGGUUUUUUUUUUUUCCUUCCACCUUCCUGGGGAAAAAAAUUUGAGCUUUAAUACAUGGCUAGUCUUUCAUGCUACAAACUGCAUUUGCACUCCUGUUCCUUGGAGGGAGCAUUACUAUGUUUGAGACUGGUGGGGUGCAUCAGGAAAUCUGAUCCAGCUAGAAGGUGAAAACUAUAAAAAAAGUCUGGCAUUUUAGUCUGAGGAAAGGAAUGGGAGCAUCUCCCUUGUAGAGAAUGAGACUGUAGUUUGUGGAGAAGUGUUUAGGUCAAUUAAACUAGUCAUGAAGCCCUGUCCUAAUUAACCUAAGAACUUUGAUUUGGAAAGAUAUGUGGAAGUUUAGACAAACCCAAUUUAACUUCAGGCUAAUAAGUGAGCAAAAAGUGUCAAAUGUAAUUUGUUUUACAUGUACAGGAUAUAUAGUAAAGUGGUAAUUCAUCUCAAUCAGAUGAGCAGAGGCUCCAUACUAUUUUACUUCAUUACCCCUUGCAGUCUGAAAUAUGUCAGUCUUAAAUGAGCAAGUACCUGACUUCUUAGUCCCUAUAUUUAAGGGACAGUUUUGAGAAGAAAAACUUGAGUAAAAAUCUGAAUCGGUGCCUCGGUAAAAUGUCUUUCCUGGCAUGUUUCCAUCAACUGAUUUUGUAAAGGUUGGAGACAGCAUAUAGUCUUCCUGGAUUGUAGUUGUGUAGUAUGUCUGUGCAGCUAAUGCAAAGUCAGCCUCUAUUAAUUUUAAAAGUUUAAUGAGGCAUUACAAUUGCUCAGAAAACCAGAAAGGAGUUACAGCAAUUAGUGAUCUUUCAGUAUGGGAUUUUCUAGGUGUAUCUUAACUACAGUAGUAGAAAAAUAUAAGCUAUCCCAAGCUCCAGAGUUUUGUUUGUUUAAACUUUGUGUCAGACCUAUUACGUUGUAGUAGCAUUCAGUCUCCUUAAAUUGAACAAAUCCUUGUUAAUCUGUAGUGAUUAAUUGUUGAGGAAUAGUUUGAGUCAUUCUUACAGACUCAUUUCCUGAGUAACCAUUUGAUAGAUGGUGAUAUGAGGAAAUAGUUAUAAAAGAAAUAUGUGCAGUAAAACUAUGGUAUUGAAUGGUAAAACAUUUUGCUCUUAAAAAAACUGUUGCUCCCUUAUCUUUCUAGUCUUUUGCUAGUGACCUUGGUUCCAAAACGGAGAACUGGCUACCUCUUUCUCCCUUUACAGAAUACCUUGUUUGGUACAGAAACACAGUUCUCUGUGUGUGUAUGCCUUCUUCCUUCAUAUAAUGAAUUGCUAAAGAAUUUAAGAAAUGGGGAUAGCAGUAUACUUUUAGGAAAAGAAAAUAUAUUAACAAAAUGCCAGUGAGGUAAAUAACGAUUCUGAAUUGAAAUACAUCAUUCACUUGGCAGUACGCAAAAGGUCACUUCAGAGUUCUUUGUCCUGCAACAGUAUAAUAUUGAAAAUAAGGAAUAUACUAGAUUCAGAUCUGACUAUGCAGUAAAGAUUAUUUGAAAGAAAUUGUGCCUGUAUUGUACAUGACCAUCAUAAAGCUCUGCUUAUAAGCUCA